GGAGCGAGUACAUUAACCCGGGGAGGCGGCGGCGGCGGCGACGAGGGAGCGAGCUUCGAGCGGGCGGGCCCAGCCUGAGGGAAGGGAGGAAGGGGCGGGGAGAGCGCCGGAGGGAGGCCGGUCGGCCGCGGGCGGGCGGGCAGCGCAGCGCCGAGCGGGGCCCGCGGGCCCAUGAGGAGGCCCGGGGACCAUGGGCUCCAGGAUCAAGCAGAACCCAGACACCACGUUUGAAGUCUAUGUUGAAGUGGCCUAUCCUAGGACAGGUGGCACUCUUUCAGUGGGGACUCACAGGUGCACCAGCAAUGUGAUGGCAUCGCAUGGAUUUGCAUGGUCUGAAUCCCCGACAGCCUGGGCUUUCUUCAUAUACUGACUCAUGAAUUCAAACAGGUAUUGGAGGGACCGAUCCUGAGGUGCAGAGGCAAUUCCCGGAGGACUACAGUGACCAGGAAGUUCUACAGACUUUGACCAAGUUUUGUUUCCCCUUCUAUGUGGACAGCCUCACAGUUAGCCAAGUUGGCCAGAACUUCACAUUCGUGCUCACUGACAUUGACAGCAAACAGAGAUUCGGGUUCUGCCGCUUAUCUUCAGGAGCGAAGAGCUGCUUCUGUAUCUUAAGCUAUCUUCCCUGGUUCGAAGUAUUUUAUAAGCUGCUUAACAUCUUGGCGGAUUACACGACAAAGGGCCAGGAGAAUCAGUGGAAUGAGCUUCUUGAAACUCUGCACAAACUUCCCAUUCCUGACCCAGGAGUGUCUGUUCAUCUCAGCGUGCAUUCUUAUUUUACUGUGCCUGAUACUAGAGAACUUCCCAGCAUACCCGAGAAUAGAAAUCUGACAGAAUAUUUUGUGGCCGUGGAUGUAAACAACAUGUUACAUCUGUAUGCCAGUAUGCUGUACGAACGCCGGAUUCUCAUCGUCUGCAGCAAGCUUAGCACUUUGACCGCCUGCAUCCACGGGGCCGCCGCCAUGCUGUACCCCAUGUUCUGGCAGCACGUGUACAUCCCCGUCCUGCCUCCACAUCUGCUGGACUACUGCUGUGCUCCCAUGCCCUACCUCAUAGGAAUCCAUUUAAGUUUAAUGGAGAAAGUCAGAAACAUGGCCCUAGAUGAUGUCGUGAUCCUCAACGUGGACACCAACACCCUGGAAACUCCCUUUGAUGACCUCCAGAGCCUCCCAAAUGAUGUGAUCUCUUCACUGAAGAACCGGCUGAAGAAGGUGUCCACAACCACCGGUGACGGUGUGGCCAGGGCCUUCCUCAAGGCCCAGGCUGCUUUCUUCGGCAGCUACCGAAAUGCUCUGAAAAUUGAGCCGGAGGAGCCAAUCACCUUCUGUGAAGAAGCCUUCGUGUCCCACUAUCGCUCGGGAGCCAUGAGGCAGUUCCUGCAGAAUGCCACCCAGCUGCAGCUCUUCAAACAGUUUAUAGAUGGUAGACUGGACCUUCUCAAUUCUGGCAAAGGUUUCAGUGACGUUUUUGAAGAGGAGAUCAGCAUGGGCGAGUAUGCUGGCAGCGAUAAACUCUACCAUCAAUGGCUCUCCACAGUCCGGAAAGGAAGCGGAGCAAUUCUGAACACUGUAAAAACGAAAGCGAACCCGGCUAUGAAGACUGUCUAUAAAUUUGCAAAAGAUCAUGCAAAAAUGGGAAUAAAAGAGGUGAAAAACCGCUUGAAGCAAAAGGACAUCACCGAGAAUGGCUGUGCCCCCACCAUGGAAGAGCAGCUGCCAAAGACUGUGCCGUCCCCACUGGUGGAGGCCAAGGACCCGAAGCUCCGAGAAGACCGGAGGCCAAUCACAGUCCACUUCGGACAGGUGCGCCCUCCCCGUCCGCACGUCGUGAAGAGACCGAAGAGCAACAUCACGGUGGAAGGCCGGAGGACUUCUAUCUCCAGCCCUGAGCACCUGGUAAAGCCCUUGCGACACUACGCAGUCUUCCUGUCUGAGGAGUCCUCUGACGAUGAAUGCCAGCGGCAAGAGGGCCCCAGCUCUGGCUUCACCGAAAGCUUUUUCUUCUCCGCCCCCUUUGAAUGGCCUCAGCCAUAUCGGACGCUCAAGGAAUCAGACAGCGCAGAAGGCGACGAGGUAGGGAGUCCAGAGCGGCGAGCGCGGGAGCCCAUGGGCCCUGCCCCGGCUCCUCCUGACCGGGCUGCCAGCAUCGACCUUCUGGAAGACGUCUUCAGCAACCUGGACAUGGAGGUCCCACUGCAGCCACUGGGCCAGGCCAAGAGCUUGGAGGACCUUCGGAUCCCCAAAGACCUGAGGGAGCAACCGGGAACCUUCGACUAUCAGAGGCUGGACCUGAGCAGGAGUGACCGGAGCCGCGGGAUGCCAGUGGCCUUGAAGCUCACCCACCCAUACAACAAGCUCUGGAGCCUGGGCCAGGACGACAUGGCCAUCCCCAGCAAGCCCCCAGCCACCUCCCCCGAGAAGCCCUCAGCCCUGCUUGGGAACUCCCUGGCUGUGCCCCGCAUGCUGCCGACCCAGGACAGCAUCCUGAACCCCAGUGACAAGGAGGAGGCGCCCACCCCCACUCCAGGCAGCAUCACCAUCCCCCGGCCCCAGGGCAGGAAGACCCCAGAGCUGGGCAUCGUGCCUCCGCCCCCCACCGCCCGCCCAGCCAAACUCCAGGCCGCCAGCACCGCCCUCGGGGACUUCUCCUCAGAUCGGCUACAGGCCCUGAGCCGGGCCCCGUUCCCCGGGCUCCUCCCCAGUGCUACCCCCCAAGGACCCACCGAACCACUCCAGCCACUCAACCUGGCCCCCGGGGCUGCAAGCUCGAGCAGUGACACCCUGCUGGCCCUCCUGGACCCACUUAACACAGCCUGGUCAGGCAGUACUCUUCCGCCGGGCCCUGCAGCCCCAAACAUAGCCACCUCCUUCACUCCCCAGUUUAGCUUCCCCCCAGCAGGGACCCCCACCCCCUUCGCGCAGCCAUCACUCAAUCCCUUCAUCUCAUCUGUGCCCGCAGCACUGCCUGCCAUGGCCCUGGUCUCCACACCGGCCGGGCCUUUCGGGGCCCCUCCUGCUUCGCUGGGGCCAGCCUUUGCCCCCAGCCUCCUCCUGUCUGGUUCCGGCCUCUGUGGCCCACAUAGAUCUCAGCCCAACCUGUCUGCCCUCUCCAUGCCUAACCUCUUCGGCCAGAUGCCCAUGGGUGCCCACACCAGUCCCUUGCAGCCCCUGGGCCCCCCAGUGGUCGCCCCUUCAAGGAUCCGAACAUUGCCCCUGGCCCGCUCAAGCGCCAGGGCUGCCGAGGCCAAGCAGGGGCUGGCCCUGAGGCCCGGAGACCCCCCUCUCCUUCCUCCCAGACCCCCACAGGGCCUGGAGCCAGCACUGCAGCCCUCUGCUCCUCGAGAGACCAGAGACCCCUUUGAGGAUUUGUUACGGAAAACCAAGCAAGAUGUGAGCCCGGCCCCGGCCCCAGGCUCAGUAGAGCAGCUCAGGAAGCAGUGGGAGACCUUCGAGUGAGCCAGGCGCCGAGCGAGGGCGAGCUGGGCCCAGCCAUGCGCCGCCGGCCACUGCGCCCCAGGCCAGCCAGCCAGCCCUGCUUCCCCUGCUCCGUUUCUGCCCAGGUUCUGCUGGUGGGAAGGGAUGGGACCCCCGUCUGCCGCCCCUCCUCCCCUACACACCACCCAUCACUGAGGUCUGGCCGCUAGAGAAUGGUGCCAGUUCUGGCCUGGGAAUGGUCCCAGCCCCUGGGCACCCACCCCACCCUGCCACCACCCCUUCCCUGCACCCCUGAGUAGGUUUUGCACUAAAGAGGUCAGCUGGGCGAAUGACUGCCCCAGACCCAGCCCCACCUGCCUUCCCCCUGGAAGCCUCCCAUCAGGAGCCCCGAGGCUCCACAAGGCCUCUCCUCCCCAGCCCUGUUCCCUUGGCCCAACUACAGCGUGGCCCUGCGCACCCCACUGGGACCAGCACAGACGGCCGUGGUAGCCUCGGCCUGCGUGAGGGCGUCUGCACCAGACACGUGGUUUGGAGUAAGGAGAAUAUACCUACCUGGCGGGGCACUUGCAAACCCUCUCUAGCAAUACACACACUCGUUCUUUCUUUGUCAGUCUUCACCCCAACCCUCAACCUUCAGUUGUUUCUGGCUUGGUAGGGAUUUGGGGCCGAGGGAUCCUUGGGAACCCUCUGAGAGCCAAACACAGCCCCAGCCGGCCCUGCAUGGAGGCUGGGAGCACCAGCAACUCUGGUUUGUAAGAGAAAAAAAUAGCAGCAGGUAAAUCGAGUGCAUUAGGAGGAGUCAGGCCGCCGUCCUGUGUUCUCCCUCUGGUUGCUGGGUUUCUCCAGGUCUCCAGUGUUACUCAGAUGGGGCUCAGCCUCUUGUCACCUGGGAUUGCGGGGGCAGAGCUGAGAAGCAGGCACCCCGAUUCCAACUGGGAAGACCAGCUUCAUGCCACAGGCUGAUGCAGGAGGCCCAGCUGCCCAGGCUCCCUGGGUCAGGAGCGGGCAGGGGCACUGAGCCCUUCUCCAGGCCCUGGCGGAGUGGACAAACUUGGCUUCUCACGGCUUGGAGGCAGGAGAAGGGCCAGGAGCCACCCCCUCCCCCGCCCACGUAGCAUAGAAAUUCCUGAGGCCAGUGUCACCAAAGCUCAAUUGAAAUGUUUUGUUAUUGUUUCUUUUAUCUAUCUUUUCCUUUUUACUUUAUUGAUUUGAUGAAUCUUAAAAUUGACUAGUUUCAAUAAACCGAGUUAAAAUAUGGCCCAACCAUUUAAGAAAACAACCAUCUGAGACAUGCAGGAAAUUGUGAGCGUUUUGACCUGAUUUCUCAUUUCCUAUUUGUGAGUGGUCAGACACACAGCCUCAGAGGUGUCUGACUGGGCAAGGGGGCUCUGGAGGCCCCUCUAGCCCUGGGGAGCUUUGUCCCGGUCUGAGGGACCCUGUGUGGGUCGGUGAGGCCUGGAGGGCGGGCCCUGAGGUUCUCAGACGCGGGCUGUGACGAGCUGCUGGCCCAGCACAGCGCCCCUUCCGGAGUCGGUCACGGCCCCGUGGGCAAGUGGCUCUCUGGGCGCGUGGGCACCCCCAAGGCCUUUCGGGUGUUUCCAUACAGGUUCCAGAUCCACCACCCAUCCUGGGCAGACCCCCGAGCCCUGUCCGCAAAGGGAAGCCUCCCGUCCCCUCCCCACCCCCGUAGGCAGGGUAUGAGAUAAGAGGUACGGUGGGGCCCCAGGGAAGCGGAGCCCACCCCGCGGUCUGUCUCCCCGGCUGUGCUGGGGGCUGGUGGUGAGCCUUCCACGUUCCCAGGAGCACUGUUGUCUCUUCACUUGCUGGACUGAAUUUGCACCCAAGGAUGAAUGUUGUGUGUGCGUUCAAUAAAAUCUUCUUGGGGAGAAGGUUGGUAUCCCUG